AUGUGUCGUUGCCGCUACUGCUGCUGCUUAGUGACGGCCUCGCCGACGGGCAGGAAUAGCCACUGUCGGCCAAUCCAUCUUCAUCUGUGCGCCUCUUUGACGUUCCACCGCCUUCAUCUCAAUUUGUGUUUUAAUCUCUAUCUUUGUUCGUCUCUGAUAUUUUUAUCUGCGUCUUACCCGCUCUCUAAUUUCCAUCGACCGUUCUCUAAUUUCUAUCCACCUACGUGUUGUUAUCUAGGGUUUGAUGAUGAUGUGAAUGAUCACUUCAUCGACCUAACACUGCUCCGGCGAGGAGAAAGCCUCCGGCAAAAGCCCCUGUUAAGGUUGGAAUUGUUGAAGGCAACUCCAAUAUUGACAUCCACGUCAACAGAGACCAGGUUCACAGAUAUUUUAGUCAGGAAGCCAUCAAGUUCAUCUGAUUCAGAAUCAAAAACUUCCAUUAAUGGUGCUAGAUCCUGCAGCGUUGGCAUAAAUUUACUUUGUGCAACACCCCCAGAGGAUGCAAAGAAAUUUAAAUUAGGAUAUCUGAGAUCGUUUCGUUUGGAUCCAACUAAUUGCUAUGAGGUAGCAAAUAUUGAUGAUGGAAGAGAAGAGUUGGAAACACGAAGUCGUGUAGACGUUGUGGGAAUCGAUAAAGAUGAGCAGGUGGAUUAUGUUUCCCGGGUGUGUGAUCAAUCUAAAAUAUAUCAGCUUUGGUAG